AUGGGACCCCGAGGCAGAGGUGGUAACUUUAGAGGAAGAGGUGCCAGGGGAGGACGAGGUGGUCGCGGCGGCCGUGGUGGUCGUGGCAGAGGAAGAGGAUUUACUCGGUAUGGACCAGUGAGGCGAUUUGAUGGUGAGCGUCUGGCAGACAAAGAUGAGGAAAAUGAGUCUGAGUCUGUGGAUGACUCGGAAGAUGAGCACCUGGAUGAUGUGGACGACAGCGCCUCUGAUGAUGAAGAGGAACAGCCCACCGCCAGGCCAUACAUGGCUUUACUGCAGAGCUUCAACGAUAUCAGUGCUCCCACAGCAAAGAGACGGAAAUUAGGUCACAACGAACCUUCAAAUCCAACCGAAAACUCUAGGGAUGAGAAGAUGGAUGACUCAGGGGAUGAAGAGCGAGACGAUGUCGAUGAAGUUGAUGAAACUGAGGAUGCUGAGAACGAUGACGACCAACUUGAGGAAGAGCCAGAUUCCGAAGAUGAAGAAGAGCUUACAGAUCCAUUUGAUGUUCACUUUGCGCAUCCGAAUGACCAGGAUGUUGGGUUGGCUGUCAAAGCAAUCAAGAAUGACGAAUGGGCUACGAAACGAGCGCUAGUUUCAUCAUUACGGGCUACCAUCAUGUCCGCCGGUUCCAGUAGCAAGAUUGAUAUUCCUCAGCCAUGCGGUACUGAAGGCUUGAAGCUAAAGCAAAAAUUGCAGGAGACAUCUGCAAAGAAGCUGGACAAGCUGGAUAACGCACAGAAAGCAAUUCUGCCACUGUUAUUUGGAUACAAGGAUAUCUUUCACUGUGAUCGAACGGUGAAGAACUCUACUGGGUUGAGACAAGCGGCGUGUCUGCAUGCUUUGAAUCACGUCUUCAAGACAAGAGAUCGUGUCAUCAAGAACAACUACAAGUUAGCCAAGGAAGGCGACGACACGGAAUUAGAACUUCGGGAUCAAGGCUUCACCCGACCAAAGGUCCUCUUCCUAUUACCCACAAGGAAUUCCUGCGCCAAAAUCGUCAACAUCAUUCGGGAUCUCUGUGAUAUUGAUCAACAAGAAAACCGAAAACGGUUUGACGAAUCGUACAUCGACAAAGAAAACAACUUUGGCCAGGACAGACCAGAGGAUUUCAGAGACUUAUUUGAGGGCAAUGACGACGAUAUGUUUCGACUCGGAGUCAAAUUCACCCGCAAAACAAUCAAGUACUUUUCUCAAUUUUACAAUUCAGACAUACUCCUUGCAAGCCCUCUCGGCCUCCGAAUGGCAAUUGGCUCAGAGGAGGAAAAGAAGAAGACCGACUUUGACUUUUUGAGUUCCAUUGAGAUGGUCAUUGUCGACCAGGCGGAUGCGUUGCUCAUGCAAAAUUGGGAACACAUAGAGUACAUUUUCGAGCACUUAAACUUGCAGCCAAAAGAUGCGCACGGCUGCGACUUUAGCCGUCUUCGAAACUGGUACCUCGAAGACUGGGCAAAGUACUUUAGACAAACCAUUGUCUUGUCGGCCUUCAACACACCUGAACUGGCUGAGCUCCAACGAUCAUAUUGUCACAACUGGGCUGGCAAGAUUCGCCUGCAGCCCGAAUACCAAGGCAUGAUUCAACAACUGGGCAUCAAGGCAAAGCAGACAUUCUCACGGUUCCAAUCAUCAUCCGUGGAAAAGGACCCUGACGCCAGGUUCGAAUACUUUGUCUCGACCAUCGUACCGACACUUGUCAAGCGUGUCAAAGAUACAACUGGCACGCUGCUUUUCAUUCCCUCAUAUCUCGACUUUGUCCGCGUGCGUAACUAUUUUGCCAAUUCGCCCAUCAUGAGCGACGUGACCUUUGGCGCCGUGUCAGAAUAUACCGACGUUCCUGAGGCUUCUCGAGCGCGCUCCCAUUUCUUGUCUGGCCGCCACCGUGUGCUGCUGUACACGGAGCGAGCGCAUCAUUUCAGACGGUACCAGUUUCGCGGAGUGCAAAGGGUCAUAUUCUAUGGAUUGCCGGAUAAUCACCUCUUUUAUAAGGAGAUUGCGGGUGAGUAUCUGGCUAAGAGCGAGCAGGACCUCAAGAUUGAACCGGCGCAAGGCACUGUACGGGUCAUGUUUUCCAAGUAUGAUGUUAUGAAGCUGGAAAGGGUGGUGGGUUCAAAGAGGGUUGGGAAGAUGAUUCAGGAGCGUGGCGAUACUUUUGACUUUGUGUAA